UGACUAGCUCCUCGAGUUCUUUUUUCAGCAUUAGUUUCUGAAACUGGUCAAAUUUGCAAUUUACCUCUCACCCAAACCUCUCUCUACUCCCGCCGAGGAGUGCCGUGUCUUGACUCUCGCGUGCCUACUAGGAGUCGUCGGGUUGCAUCAGAGCGACGGCAGCGGCGAAGGCUUGAUUGCAAUUUGCGAAGCUAAUAAGUGCGACGCGGGGCGGGGGGCAUGGUCGCGGAGGUGCAAUCCUUCAAGGCUUCGACCGCCGUCGCCUCCCAUCUUCUUCGGCUUCUCCUUCGUCUUGGUCUUGCUCCUCCCAUCCUCUGCUCCACGAGAGCUGUGAAGAUUUUUUGAGCCACUAGAGGAAAUAUGGCGGAUGCUCUGUUUAUAGUUCUCAGAAAAGUUGCUCUCUCCUUGGGAGAAGAGGCACUACAGAAGAUUGGCACAGAGGUGGUGGAAGUAGCACCGAUCAUGACAGAUUUUGAGCAUAGCAUGAAACAAAUUGAGGGUGAACUAUUGAUUCUGCAGGCCUUUAUUGGCCAGGUUAGUGCACAGAGAUUUGGUGACAAGGCAUUUGAUGCAUGGUUGGAUCAGGUUAGAGAUGUUGCUCAUGAGGUUGAAGACAUCAUUGAUGAGUAUGCUUACCUUACUGUGCAAGCUGUGGAUACAAGCAGCUUCUUCAAAAGAAAGUUCCAUCAAAUCAAGAACUUUGUAGCAUGGCAGAAGUUUCAUAGCCAGAUCAGUCAAGUAGAAACUCGAAUUCAGAGGCUAGGGGAAAUGAGGAAUCGGUAUGGCCUCUUGGUAGGUAAAGUAGACAAGAAAAACGAUUUUCAGCUCGCCAAUCAGCUUUACAUGUCAGAUUCUGCGUAUCUAACUGAUAAUUCUGAGAUAGUGGGACAUGUUGAUGAAAUUGGUCAAUUGACAGAAUGGCUACUUGAAGAGAGACAGGACAGAAAUCUAAUGGCCGUCUUCGGUAUGGGAGGUUUAGGCAAAACUACUAUCACAAGCAGUGUCUACAAGAAUCAGAAGAUCAUAACAUCUUUUGAUUGCCACGCAUGGAUUACUGUGUCUCAGACUUUUCAAGUUGAGGAGCUACUAAGAGAAAUUAUAAAUCAGCUAAUAGAUGAAAGAGCACGCAAGGCAAGUGGUUUCUUGGCCAUGAGGCGUAUGAGAUUGGUUGAGGUGAUACAAAGCUAUUUGCAGGACAAAAAAUAUUUCAUUGUCCUGGAUGAUGUAUGGGACAAAGAUGUUUGGUUAUUUUUGAACUAUGCAUUUGCCAGAAACAAUUGUGGAAGUAAAGUGCUGAUAACAACCCGGAGAAAAGAUGUGUCUUCUUUGGCUGCUGACAAUUAUGUCAUUGAACUUAAUACCCUUAACUAUGCUGAAUCUUGGGAACUAUUUUGUAAAAAGGCUUUUCGAUCUUCACAAGAUAAUAUAUGUCCUGAAAAUGUAAGGUCUUGGGCACAUAAAAUUGUUGCCAAUUGCCAAGGAUUGCCACUGGCCAUUGUAACCAUUGGAAGUAUUCUGGCAUACCGUGACAAGGAACAUGAGUGGGCAUUUUUCUACAAGCAGCUUAGCUGGCAAUUAGCAAACAAUCCAGAGCUCAGUUGGAUUUCUAAUGUUCUGAAUAUGAGCUUAAAUGAUCUCCCAUGCUAUCUGAGGAGCUGCUUUCUAUACUGUGCACUCUAUCCUGAAGAUUACAAGAUCAAAAGAAAACUGAUUUCGAAGCUAUGGAUUGCGGAAGGUCUUGUGGAGGACAGAGGAGAUGGAACAACAAUGGAGGAAGUUGCUGAGUGUUACCUUACGGAACUGACUCAACGCUCUCUUCUUCUAGUCACAGAAAGGAAUGCAUGUGGAAAGGCAAGAACAUUUUUGAUGCAUGAUCUUGUGCGGGAGUUAACCUCAAUCGUUGCUAAAAAUGAGAAGUUUGGCAUUGCUUUUGGUGAUGUUGGUAUAUCCCAAGGUUGCCAUGAAGCCCGACGUUUAUGCAUCCAAAGAGGUGCCCAGACCUCUAAUACUUCAGCUGGUUCACGGCUCCAUUCAUUCAUUUUAUUUGACACUGAAGUACCAUCUUCUUGGAUAUAUGAUAGUUUAUCACGUUUUAGACUACUGAGGGUCCUAUGCCUAAAAUUUGCCAAUGUUGAGGAAGUGCCAGGCGUGGUCACAGAAUUGUAUAUCUUGCGUUAUCUAGAUUUUUCGCAUACAAAAGUGAAGAAUAUACCGACGUCUAUAAAAAAACUUGUUAACCUACAAGUUUUGGAUCUCAGAUUCAGCUAUGUGAAGGAGUUGCCACUGGAACUCACUAUGCUAACUAGUUUGCGGCAUUUACAUGUAUUUAUGGUCCAUGAUCUUCAAGAAAGAUCACGGGAUUGCUUCAGUGCAACAAAAAUUCUUGGUAGCAUUUGUCAUCUAAAGAAUCUGCAAGCUUUACAGAUUGUUUCAGCCAAUAAAGAUUUGGUUUCCCAGCUGGGGAACUUGAAAUCAUUGAGAAGUUUGGCUAUAGUGAAAGUGCGACAAUGCUAUAUUGCAGAGUUAUGGAAUUCCUUGACAGAGAUGCCUAACCUGAGUAGGUUGGUUAUUUCUGCGUUUGAUAUGGAUGAGGUUCUUGAUUUUAGAAUGCUAAAGCCCUUGCCACACCUGAGGUUCUUCCGACUGGCAGGAAAGUUGGAUGCAGGUGAGCUUCCAUCCAUAUUUUACAAUUUUGAGAAGUUAACAUGGUUAAAAAUAGACUGGUCUGGUCUGAAGAAGGAUCCGAUUAGCUCCUUCUCCCACAUGUUAAAUCUAGUUGAUCUACGGCUCCAUGGGACAUAUGAUGGGGAACAGUUAACUUUUUGUGCUGGAUGGUUCCCCAAGCUCAAUUAUCUGCAAUUAGCUAGCAUGAAGAAUCUGAAUUGGAUUGAGAUAGAGGGCGGAACAAUGAUGCGUCUAAUUCAGUUGGAGUUGUUUGGCUUAGGGAAUCUAAAGGCAGUACCCAAUGGCAUCAAGUACAUUAAGACACUCCACCAGAUGUAUCUGACAGAUAUGCCAAAUCAGUUUCUAGAAAGCCUGCGUGGAAGUGGAAGUCACAUUGUCCAACAUAUACAUAACAUCCAUACUUUCGAAUCCUCUGAUUCUGAAGUAAAUAACUUCUGUUUUGCGGAAUACCUCGCCAACAAGUUCGGCCCUGGUGCUAUUAAGCAUGCCCCUACCAACUGUGGCUAUUCCAGCACUUGAUAGUUCGUUGGGAGGCUUUAGUAAGAAAUAUGUUGUUCCUUUGUGGACCAAUCAUUUCAAGAGUGGAGAAUAUGCAGUUCAGGUUGGUGCUGAACUCAUCUGCUUGUGUGGUGCUUCGUAUACAGGUUCGAACCUAAGCUGCUGAAACAAUUUGCUACUGUCAAAAAAGAUGAUUUCAGGAAAUAUACGGCAUCUGUUUCCUUAACUCGAAGAUAUUGCAUAUUUGUUGGAAAAGUGCCCACCGGAACAGUGGUAAAACAUUUUCUUACGGAAGCCACCAGUAUUUGAAAUUGAGAUAUGAAGUGGCUUGCUGUGUUCUGUGGAACCUGUGAGGCUGUGACAUGACUGCAAAUCUGCAAUUUAUGAAGGAGAAUUUGAAGAGUCUGUACAAGUUGUACAUUGUGAGAUGCAACCGGUAUUCACAGUGUAUUGGUUAGAAAAAGUUACCAGACCCGCAUAUCGUUAGAUGGGAGAUGACUGAAGACCAGCAGAUGGUUAAUAUGCUUCUGACUGUAAUUGAAAAGCUUUCAUUUGCAAUGUAAUCAUCCCACAGGUUAUUUGUAAUAUUACUUUCUAUUGGUACUCUCUCCUUUUCUUUUCUUUUUUUCAAAGUGUGCAUGUGUAUCAAGAUUCAACACGCUUUUUUUAAUGCAAACAUUAGCUUAAA